AUGAGAGGAUUUCUCUCAGAAGAAAUAGGAAAUUUGAAAAGUUUAGGUGAAUUAGACUUCAGUGGCCUUAAUCUUUCGGGUGCCCUUCCUUCAGCUCUUUGCGACCUAACCAAACUAGUAUCUCUUUCAGGUGCUGAGAAUCAAAUUUAUGGUUCCAUUCCCUCUGAAAUAGGAAAUUUGAAAUAUUUGGAAUAUCUCCAUCUUGGGUCCAACCGGCUGACUGGUCAAAUCCCUCCGACCCUUGGCAAUCUGCCUUUUCUACAAAUUCUAGAUCUUUCCUCAAACCAACUUACAGGCCAAAUUCCUACCCAAUUUGGGGAUAAUAUUAAAUCCAAGUGGUACCUUUCGACUUUGGAUCUUUCCCACAAUAUUCUCUCUGGCACUGUCCCCUCGUCUCUUCUGCAACUGGGGGACGUCGACCUGUCCUAUAAUGCUUUGGAAGGUGAACUUCCGUGCAAGCUUGUCAUUCAGUUUGGUUCAGAAAGAUUUGUCGGCAAUCCACACUUGCGUCACGAUUCCACUCUUUGUGGAACAUCGCACCCUAUACUACAUCAUAGGUCUUGGCGUAACGUUGUUGGUGUUCGCAAUAACUGGCGGAUUAGUAAUUUAUAUCCGGUGCUUCAAGAAAGUUAA